AUGGAGUCUUUUAAUUCUACUUCAAACGAUUCUCAAUCAGUUUUAGAAGCGGCAUGCUAUCGAUAUGAUAAACACUGGGUACGCACACUUCGUAUUUCCCCUUACGUGGUUAUCUUCUUGUUUGCUGUUAUUGGGAACACUGUAGUGCUAGCUGUAGUCUACAGAAACAAAACCAUGAGAAAAACCAUCAACUUCUUCAUCGCAAACAUGGCGUUCAGUGAUCUAAUAUUCACUGUUAUCUCGGUCCCUCGUGUCGUUACAAUCGUGUCAUUCGGCUAUAAGUGGUUGGUGCAUGGUACAUUGGGCAUGAUAUUUUGCCGUAUGGUACCUUUUGUAAUGGAAAUAACAAUAAUCGUUUCUGUACUUACUAUUGUUGCGAUAAGCUUAGAACGUUUGCUGGCCGUUUCGUUUCCUCUACGGACUUUCAUAAGAAAGAAACCGUGCUUGUUGUCAAUAUUUGGGAUGUGGCUUAUCGCAAUAAUCGUUAAAAUUCCGACUCCACUCGCGACAGAUGUCCAUCCAUUUCAAGGUGAAACGUAUUGCGUGGUAGACUUCGAUUUAACCUUCGGUGCAGGUUCAGGCAGAAUCUACUUCAAGAUUGUUUUCGUAGCAUUGUACGCAGUUCCCUUCGCGGUGACAUUCGUCUUCAACAUCGCUAUUAUAGCGAUCAUGAACAGAAGAGGAAUUCCAGGAAACUCUGUUUCAGAUGCUGCCUGCAGACGCCGCGAGAAAACUAAUCGCAAAGUCUUGAGAAUGGUUCUGGUUGUUGUAGCAGCGUUCCUAAUUUGCUGGUCCUUGUAUUUUAUUCUGAUGGUUCUUCGAAAAAAUGGCAUACACGUUUCGUGUAAUGUUUUAUACCUAAGACUGCUCCUGGCUCAUUUUAACGCUGCACUCACGCCGUUUCUUUAUGCUGUUUUCAGUGAGAAUUACCGCCAGGGAUUUGAAGAAAUUCUGUCGUGUCGCUGGCUGCGCUGCCAUCGGGUCUCUGAUAAAACAAACAGGGAUGUCAAGCCUGAUGUUAACGAUAUAUCGAGCAGACGACGAUCUUCCGUCAAUCAUCUGCGGUCUUCGGUCGAGCUUAGGACAUUAAGAUUCAACAGUACGGAUCAACUUCUCAACUAA